GCCUGUUUGUCCUCAGGUGAGUGUCAGUCACGGAAGUCAGGGAUCCGCCAAGUGCUCGCUGUGAAAAGAGCGUCAGAAAUGAUUUUAUCUUGACUUUCCUAAUAGUAGCUGUGAUCUGAAGGGACGUAGAAUCCAUCAUGGUUAAUUCAGGAGUAUGCUGUUCCAACCUCAAAGAAAACAAAGCCUUGAUGAAGAUGGGGCUGACCCUGGUGCUGGUGGGCCAUGUCAACUUUCUUCUGGGAGCACUGGUGCACGGCGCUGUGCUGAGGCACAUCAUAGUAAAGAUCCGUGGCCGUAUUCUUGUGUACGCCAUCUCUAACAUCAUCGCCAUUGUGGCAGGCUUGAUGGGCAUUAUCAGCGGGAUAAUUGCUAUUGUCCUGUCCAAGAACAAGAAAAACAAGACCCUGAUGUGGGUUCUGCUGGUCUUCAGCAUCCUGGCAGCUUUCUUAGGAGUUGCCUCUGCCGUGGGUGUGUCAUGGUCUUUGGUUAAAGCUUUUACCCAUAAAGAAAAGAGCAUUCUAAAAAGAUACUGCAAUUUCUUUGAUGAGGACUUUGGCGCAGCGACCGUUACAAAAGAGUGUCCCUUCGAUCCAACUCGUAUCUAUGCGACCAGCAUCAUUCUUUGGAUUCCUCUCGUCUUGAUGUGCGUCUUAGAAACAGUGUUCACCUUCCGCUGUUUUGCUGCCUGCACUUCCUUCCUGUACCUUUGUCCGUGCAGGAAGGAGCCCCUCCAGGCAAAGAGGGUUAGACUCCAGAGAAGAGCCGAAACCCCAAAGCCGCUUCCAGAACCAGAACCCAAAGACGAGCCUGCAGAGGAGGAUGAGCUGCUGCAAAGCGCAGAGACGCAGAGUGAUUGGGUCUAAACCAGCAGAAAUACUGGUUUCAUGCAACUCAACAGGAUGGAAAACUGUCUGAACAGACUGGAGAAAAUCUGUUACAAAUCAAAUAUUUGGAAAUAUUUGGACUUUAAAAUUGGCUAAAUCAGUUGCAUUUUAGUAUUUAUGCUCGUUUUUAUUUUUUAAGAUGGGAUGAUAUUAUGGUCCAAAUGCUUUUACCAUGUUUGUAUUGUUUUUAAGAAUCUGCUU